AUGUGUUCUAAGGUCCAAGGUAUGAAAGAGCUUUCCCCUCCUCCUCUCAAUUUACGACGUCUAUACACUGAGACAAUGGAGUGGGAGCCGGUGUUAAUCAUCAUCUCUCCAGGGGCAGACCCAUCCCAGGAGCUUGCAGAACUAGCAGCAGAAACUAUUGGCAGGGACAAUUACCAUGAGAUCUCCAUGGGUCAGGGACAGGCUGAUGUGGCCCUGGCUGCACUUAGAGAAUGUUCUCGAAAUGGAGACUGGCUUUGCUUGAAAAAUCUUCACCUCGUCACUGCCUGGCUGCCCCUCCUGGAAAAGGAACUGAAUGUGUUGCGUCCCAAAGCAAGCUUCCGACUUUGGCUUACAGCAGAAGUCCACCCAAGAUUUCCCCCAAUAUUACUGCAGUCGAGCCUUAAGAUCACCUAUGAGGCUCCCCCAGGGUUGAAGAAGAAUCUGCUGAGAACAUAUGAGUCCUGGACUCCUGAGCAGAUCAGUAAAGGAGGCAAUCUGGCCAGAGCCCAAUCUCUUUUCUGUCUGGCUUGGUUCCAUGCUGUCUGUCAAGAGAGGCGGAACUACAUCCCCCAGGGCUGGACAAAGUUCUACGAGUUUUCCUUAUCUGACCUCCGUGCUGGCUUUGAGAUCAUCGACAGACUCUUUGACGGUGGGAAGGUUUUCCAAUGGGAGUUUGUCCAUGGCCUGUUGGAGAGUGCCAUCUAUGGUGGACGAAUAGACAAUCCGUCUGACCUCCGCAUCUUGCGAUCGUACCUGGAGCAGUUCUUCUCUGCAAGACUCCUUUCGUCAUCCCUCUCUGCUGGACAAAGGGGUAAAGGAGUUGGACGGAUUUUUCCAUCUCAGAUCAGCCUUCCAAACUCCUGCUCCAUCUCGGUAAUUUCACAGUUGCGUGUCCUCAGCCGGUCUGUGGCAACAGGCUCCAAAUUUGACCGAGAGCUUUGGUCAAAUGGACUCUCACCAGUUCUUAACUUAUGGAAGAAACUUAACCAGGGCUCUACACUGAUCCAUCAGAAGGUUGAGCCACCUACAGAGGGUCAGAAGUCCCCGAUCCUAUCGUUCAUUGCUCUGGAGCAGUUUAAUGCCAUCCGCCUGGUCCAGAGUAUUCACCAGUCUCUGGCGGCACUGAGCAAAGUGAUCAGAGGGACCCAACUGUUAACCCCCGAGGUGCAGAAACUGGCCACAGCCCUGCUAAAUCAAGAGUGUCCUGUAAACUGGCAGAAUAAAUGGGAAGGACCAGAGGAGCCAAUGCAGUACCUCAGGGCUGUUAUAACACGAGCUCUAGCCAUACAGAGUUGGGUUGAACGUGCGAGCAGACAGGCUCUCCUCUCUGACAUUCUUGAUUUAUCCGAGCUCUUCCACCCUGAUACCUUCUUGAACGCUCUGAGACAAGAAACAGCCAGAUCCAUAGGCUGCUCUAUGGAUAGUUUGGUGUUUUUGACAUCCUGGAAAAGUCCUAUUGCUCAGGCCAAGCUUCAAGUGAAGGUUGGUGGUCUUCAGCUGGAGGGAUGCCGUUUUGAUGGUGUCCAUUUGAGUGAGAACCAGCACGAUUCCCCCAGCGUCUCAGCUGUCCCAACGUGUUAUAUGGCCUGGGCUCCACAGGGCUCUGCAGCUGGCUCCGCCGAUUCUCAGGAGAGCCUCUGGCUGCCCCUGUACACCAACUCAGAGAGAAUGAAGGUGGUCACUCACAUCUCACUGCCCUGUGGAGGAAACCCCAACCAGUGGAUCCAAACCGGAGCUGCUCUGUUUCUCAAACAACAGUGAAAGGUUUUCCUCACCAUGAUGAGGCCACACACUCAACAUUAGACCUGAUGUGAGCAUCUUUGAAUGGCCACCCCAUAUAAAGUGACUUCUCUUCAUUCUCCAGUUUCUAGUUUUGAUGUGUUUGUUAAUGUUAUUAAAAUAAGUAUUUGCCUAACUUUAAGAACAAACAUUUUGGUGUACAUGAAAGAUUCUCUGUUUUCCAUGUUGAUGACUUUUCUCUUUAUAUAUCAGAAAGGUUUCCUAGACAGCCAUAACAUCUUAAUAGAAAGUUAGUGUUAGUUAACUUUAUUUUGGUUUCAUAAAAUUCAGUAAUGUACAGUCUAAAUAGCUAAAAAAAAAAGUGAAAGCUAUAUUG